AAGCUGAGACAAGGUAAGCUGGACUAAAUUGCCCUUGCCCGCACGCCCCUUGGCCCACCACCGCCUGGAGACGUCUCGCCGCGCCGCGCCGCAACCCGGAGGCCGGAGGAGACUGCGCUCAGUCGAGCACCACCUGGGGCCCAGCAUCCUCUCGCGACCAUCUCCGGCACGACGUCCGCCCUCUGCAGCCCCGGUGUCCCUGCGACUGCUGUACUAGCCAGUUUGCCCCGCGACGAGCACCACCAGAACACUAGGGUCAUCUGCACACCUGCUGGGUCUGCAACAAUGUCUGGACCUUCAUCCUAACAGUUGCGACCUUCAAGAGCGCAGAGAUUCAAGAAGCACUGAGCAAGAUGGAUCUCAACGCCGUGGUGGCCACCUGCUACGCCCUUCCGGUACUUGUCUCUGUGUUCACAGUCCGCUUCUUCUACGUGCUGUGGCAGAGUGGCCAACCAGCAUCAAGGCCACGCACCACCGGAUUGCGUUGUCUCAUUGUCCUUGGCUCCGGAGGACAUACUGCAGAAAUGAUGAAUAUUGUGACAACACUUCAGAAAGAUAGGUUCACACCAAGGUACUAUGUGGCUGCACUUACUGAUAACAUGAGUCUUCAAAAGGCACAGGUCUAUGAACAAUCACUUAUUCAGAGCGAUAGAAUGAAGACUGCCGAGAGUGCUCAUUUCAUGCAGAUAUAUCGUAGUCGUGAAGUAGGCCAGUCUUAUAUCACAUCCAUCGCAACAACAUUGCUAGCCACAUUGCAUGCUAUGUGGCUAGUAAUAAGAAUCAGACCACAAGUGAUAUUUUGCAAUGGUCCAGGGACAUGCUUUCCUCUAUGCAUCUCAGCUUUCCUUCUGAAGGUGCUUGGUUUGGGAUGGUCCUCCAUUUUCUACAUUGAAAGUAUUGCAAGAGUGAAGAAGCUGUCAUUGAGUGGUUUGCUGUUGUACAAGCUACGGAUAGCUGACCAGUUCUUUGUGCAGUGGCCCCAAUUGAAGCAUGAGUAUCCUCGAGCAUGCUAUGCUGGUCGUUUGAUGUGAAGGCACCGUAUAACGUUGGGAUACAGUAUUUUUCCAACUCAGAGAUUCAGAAUACAAUGACAUACACUUCGACAAAUACAAUUGUGGUUGCCUUAAAAAGAAAUGCUUUACACCCACAUUUCAUAUAUGCGGGCAUGGAAAUGCAAGUUACCGGGUUUUUCUGAAUGUAAGAGAAUCAGAGUGGAUUUAUCAAGCUAUUGCUGAAUCUAAAAGUUAUUUUUUUAUGUUUCGAUAGAGAUUAUCUGUUUAUAAUUGUGCCUGGCCCCAUUUGAUGAUUCUAGUCAGCAAUUUGGAAUUCAACAUUCUUUGAUA